AUGGCUCCUAUAGGCCUGGAAUCGGCUAUCGCCCCCUCCAACAUUGAUGCGGUCCCCAACCUGCUGGCAGAGGUAGCCUCUGCCGGCGAUGCUCUUUCGAAGGCAGGCGAUGAUUCUCUAGCGCCACGGCUUGAGCUACUUGAGAAGGCGCGAGAGCUCGCACGCGCGCUCGAAACUCCUCGUGAAAUGAUGAUCCAGCAUCCUUCUAAUGUCAUGGCCAUCUCGUUUGGCGUCUACACAAACCUGUGGACUACUAUGGCACAGAAUGGAGAUGGCCCUCAGAAGGUAUCCGACCUGGCCAAGCAGAUUGGCUUGCAAGAAGAGCUCUUACAGCGCAUGAUGCGACAUGUAGCAGCUUCUGGUUACCUGAAUAUGACAGCCCCUGACGAGUACACGCCAAACAGCUUCAGCAAGUCUCUAUCUCUUCCAGUCAUGUACAGUGGUUACUACACUGGUCCGCCGACUCUCAAUCCCACUUUCCUCGAAGCCCACGACUGGCUCAAGGGUAGAGGUUACAAGGUCCCAACAGACAAGUUCGACACAGCCUAUCAGGUAGCUCAUAAAACUAAGCUUCACUGGUUUGAGGACAUGCAGUCCCGGCCGCCGCAUGGACAGAUGUUCAACGACCACAUGGCCGGCUACCUCCUGGGGCGCCCGCCAUGGAGUGAUAGCGGGUUCUUUCCGGUGAAGGAACGACUCCUUGAUGGAUUUGAUGCAGACAAAAAAGACGCCGUCUUGCUUGUUGACAUCGCCGGCGGCAUGGGCCACUACACUGACCAAUUUCGAUCCAAGUUCCCGGAUGCCCCUGGACGACUGAUCUUGCAAGACUUGCCCGUUGUACUUGGACAAAUACAAGGACUUGACUCGCGCAUUGAGAGAAUGGAAUAUGACUUCUUUACAGAGCAGCCUGUAAAAGGUGCACGUGCUUACUACACGCAUUUUGUCCUCCACGACUGGCCAGAUGAGGAUGCUGUUAAGAUCGCUAGCCGCGUCAGAGAGGCAAUGAAGCCUGGUUACAGCAAAUUCCUCAUUCAUGAGCACGUGAUACAGCCCAUGAAGCAAGAUUACGAACAGACAGCCUUGGAUCUUAUCAUGAUGACAGGCUUCGGGGGCAAGGAGCGUAGUGUGGCACAGUGGUCUGAGCUACUGGAGAACAAAUGCGGGCUCAAGAUUGUCAAUACUUAUACCGUUGCUAACGGAAUUGAGAGCGUAAUUGAGUGCGAGCGUCCCGAGUAA